AUGCCGAGUGCACGGCUUUACCAGUUGACUUUCCUGUUGCUUGCCUUGUUUAAUUAGUGUGUGGGAGGAUGGACGAGCAAGCCUGUCCACGAUGCAAGACCACCAAGUACCGCAAUCCUUCACUGAAGUUGAUGGUCAACGUCUGCGGCCACACGCUAUGUGAGGCGUGCGUCGAUUUGUUGUUCCUCAAAGGCUCCGGUUCGUGUCCGGAAUGCAACGUCCCAUUGCGUCGAAAUAACUUUCGAGUUCAACUGUUCGAGGAUCCAAUGGUUGAGAAGGAGGUGGACAUACGACGCCGUAUCCUGCGGGACUAUAACAAGCGCGAGGAAGACUUUGGCUCGCUGGAAGAGUACAACGACUACCUGGAGGAGAUAGAGAGCAUUGUUUAUAAUUUGUGCAACAACAUUGAAAUAAUCGAGACAAACAAACGUAUUGAGGCCUACAAGCGGGACAACAGAGAGGUAAUUCAACGGAACAAGACGCGUGUCGGACGCGACGAGUACGAAUUGGAGGAAAUGCUGGAGCUGGAGCGAGUGCAGGAGGAGGCGCGCAAAAAGGAGUUAGAGGAGUUAGAGCUGGAGCACAAGAAGAAAAAAGCGCGAGAUAAGCAGGCGCUCAUCGAAGAGUUAAUGCACAGCGGCAAGGACGCAGCUCAAAUUGUCAGCGAAUUUGCAGAAAAGGCCGAAAAACAGCGCGAAGAAGAAAAGCAGCUGCCACCACUAAAAUCGAUAAAUGAAUUCUCGACGGGCAUUAAAUUCGGCCAGACCACCGAUACGACGUUUCUUCCAGUGCCAAAGUCUGAAGAGGGGCCGCUGUUUAUUUAUGAGCCACUAGAGCUUAUAACGGAAGGACCAAUGCCUCCGCCUCCCAGCGAUAUUGAAGGUAUGGGCUAUAUAUCGCACAUACGAGCUGAGACGCCGCAGGAGAAUGCCGGUGGUUUUACCUCCACGCUUGCCUGCCAGCGUGCAUUGCAGGAAGCUUUGCAGUGUCUGUACUAUACAUCGACUGCAGGCAUGGCAGCAGGCACUUAGGCGCCGAAUCCCUAAUGCGGUUGGACAUACCAAUGCACAAAGAGCACAGCACGCUUAAACAUUUUUGUUAAACAAAUGUGUCUCCUAUUUUUUAGAAAGCCUUGCAAUUAGGUGAUUAUUUCUAUAAAUUAUGCUCCUACCUUUACGCUUAGUUGUUAAGGCCUGAAUAAACAUAAAUCGAUGUAUUAAUAUAACAAA